AAUAUGUUUAUUUAUCCAGUUUAUACACAAAGAAUCUCAUUCGGAGUGUGUGUUUUAUUGCCCCCCCCCCCCCCCAAAUUUCUGAGGAGAAUUUCUCCCAACCCCUCCCCUGACGAGCCGCGACUACUGAAAAAAACAGUGUCAUCGGAAUUUCUUUCAUAGCUGUGGUUUCCAAGCUGGUAGCGGCCUCGUCCCUCAUGUGUCUCAAGUUUGACAGCACUGAUAACAUUUCAGUCUUGAAUGACUUGGAAGAAACCCAGGGAGACGAAGGCGUUGGCCCUGGGGGAACGAAGGGCCUUGGGACAGGACAGUGGUCCAGCCCUAUGUAUGGCAGUGAUGUUGAAUGGCCUAGCACUAUGUCUGGCUCUCCAGGAGCCUAUAGCACUCCUGGAGUUCCUGGAUGUCCCCCUAGCUCCAAGAGCAAUAGCCUUGAUCGUGCCCAUGCCUCAGGCUUUGAUGCUGUGGUCAAUGAGAUUGAAGAGCUCCAGGAAAACCAAGGUCGACUUGAGGAGUCCUUUGAAAACUUAAAAGCCCACUAUCAAUGGGACUACACAAUGAUCAUGGAGGCCUUGCAAGAAGAAGAACACAGGUGUGAACGUUUAGAAGAACAACUCAAUGACUUGACAGACCUGCACCAGAGUGAAAUUCCGACCAUGAAACAGGAACUAGCCAGGAUGGAUGAGAAGAUUACUUAUCAUUCUCAUGAAAUAGCAAGGGACAUUCAGGAGGCACUGGAGGCCUGUCAGUUGCGAAUCUCCAAGAUGGCGCGGCAGCAGCAGGUGGUGCAGCUGGAGGGUUUGGAGAAUGCCACAGCGGGGACUCUUCUCGGAAAACUAAUCAACGUGCUGCUAGCUUUUAUGGCAGUCCUUUUGGAGUUUGUGUCCACUGUGGCGGAAUUUGUCGGCCCAUUUACAAACACACGAAUCCGCACGCAUUCGACGCUGCUCUUUGCUAUCGUCCUCGCCUUCCUCUGGAGGCACUGGGACGCCAUUUCAGAGUAUCUGCAUCGCUUUUUUCUGCACCCCAGAUGACCGGCUUGGACAGUUUGUCCACCAUAGAGAAACUGUACAUGGGGGUGUUUAACAUGAGCCCAACAGCUCGUUUUUGCUGUCCAAAAAGUUUUCAUAGAAAAAUGUCUAAUACAAGUGGUGCUGCUUAUUAAAUGCAAUUCCUCAGAUCUG